UUCAUAACAGAGAAAGUCAAAUGAUUGAUAAAAUAUGAAUAUAUGUUGAAAUAAGAUAUUCUUUUUAGACUAGAUGAUGAACAAGCACAGAAUAUAUCAACGGAAUCGACCGACAACACCAAAUUUCAAGGGCAUUCUGAGAGCGACAUUGUGAAGUCACAACAGGAGCAAAUGAAGCAACAAGAAGAUAGCAAAGAAAAUGACAAAAAGUCUGGGAAGAAGCCUUCGCAAAAAAACAGAUACAAAGCAAAAUGUGCAGUUCUUGAAAUGGAGAAAACAAGCCUUGAAGAACAGUUAGAAGCAGCUAGGAAAAUCAAACCAGGGCGAGAACCAUGUGAUUGUACCACUAGACAAAAUGAUCUACAUGACGAAAAUGAUAAACUAAAGAGGGAAACAGAAAAACUCAGCAAAGAAAUUUCAGAAUUGAAGAACGAUGUAUCCAAGCUUAGCCAGGAGAAAAAAGAAUACUUGGAAAAGUUAACAGCAAAAGAACAAGAAGUAAAAGGUUUCCAUGAAGCAUAUAAAAAAGAAAAAGAUUCUAUGUUGGGUGAACAUGUAAGGAAUAUUGGACAUUUAGAAAAUCGCCUGAAGAAAUUACAACAAACGAACGAAGCCUUGCGUAACAAAACUGUUACUCAGUCAGAAACAAUUGCAACCCUUAGUCAAGAGAAAGAAGCACUCCAUAACGAAAAGAAAAAUCUUCUGAUGAGAUUGAGCAAAUGUGCAGGAGAUAAUCUGACAUACCAGAAUCCAAGCAUAGCCGAUCUCAGUGAUGAAAAAAGACCCACAAAGUUAGCCGAGGAAUUCUCUGAAUUAUACGAUAAUGAAUGGACAGAUGCCUUUGAAAAAGUAAACAUUGAGGAUGAUCAAGGGAUAACAACAUUUAUGUUACAAUUAUUAAAGCGGGCCAGUGAACUGUGCAACCAGGUAUCGGAAAAUCAUGCUGAAUCUAUCAAAAGGAGUUUCUCUUCAAUAACUGUUAAACCACACGAACCAAAACGACAUUCAAAUGGCAGAAUGUCUCUCAACACACAGCUUAAUCCAGGAUCUUCAAAGAUAGGACCAGAUGUAGCUCAGAAAACCACCCUUUUGGAAGCUGUGAAAGAUUUAGGUAAACCGCAAAAUAGAUCUGAAAAUGAAGAAGCAGGCUCUAGUGAAUGGAAUGAUAACACCCUGACAGAUACUGCUGGUAGAGGUGUUGAAAAGGUACAGGUACCAGCCUUGCCACAAAAUACCGAACCAGAUGUUGAUCAUGUGCCCCGUUUUGUAGCUGAUAUGGACGGAAAUAUUUUUAAAACUGAAACCAACAAUAUGGAUAUAGACACUGCAAAAAAUACUGAAUCGCUGAAAGAAUCAGGCAAAAAUGAACGAGGGGAAGAAAUAGCCACUUCCAAUGCACAGAGUCAGGAAAGAAACGACGAUGAAGAACCAAAGCGAAAGAGGAUGAAACUUGAAUCAGACUUCGAACUGCUCCGGAAGGAACAAAAGAAAAUCAUUAUGGAAGCAAGGAAGUUUUUUGAAGUACAACUUUCAGAAGAGGUGGAAAGGGCCGGAAGUGACAUCAUUGUACAGGAACUAGGUAUUGAUCAGCAGACACAAGGGACUGUUGUUUCGUAUAUUAAGAAGUGCAUGAACAUCUGCUGGUCAAUGUGCAGACUUGAACCACCCGUGUAUGUUGAAUUUAUAGAUGUGGGUGACAACAUUCCUUUCGAUACAAACAAGUUCAAACCUUACACAAAAUCGGGGAAACUUCUGGAUUAUAUUGUAUGGCCGGCAGUUUAUCUUCAUAAGGAUGGGCCCAUGCUAGCAAAAGGAGUAGCUCAAGGAAUAGCAUAAGAAGAACAAAAACACUGGCACAAUAAAUGAUAUUUCGCUAUUAUAAUCAAACGCAUUUAUCAUUCAUCUUAAUUUGAUGUUAUAAUCUUACAGUUUCAAUAAAUUUAGAGUGCCCGUGUAAUGUACUUAGAUACAUAUAACAUUCUUUAAUCAAUGGCAGGAGUGAUACUAGACUUACUUGUGUUUUUUGAAUGGACAUGACUUGAGUGGUUUACAUUCAUCUUAUGUAAAUAAAUGUGUACUUUUUACAAGAAUUUGCUUAAUGUUACAGACUUGCUUGAAAUUAACAUGUUCAAUAAUAAACCAGCGGGAAGUUAGCAGUAG